UCCCAAGUCUCGUGAUUGAUAAUGUAGCACUUCAAGGAGGGCUAUAAGGAGGAGUAUAUAAUGGCAAUUAUAUAAUGGCUAUAUAAAGUAGGAUACCAACUUCAACGAUGCGAGUCAGCUGGGGAUUCCACCAUUAUUAGCUGGCUAGAUAAGUGGAUCUGUCCGAUCUUGUCAUUGCUGAAUAUUUACUAACUCUAUCUUGUUUUCUUGGUAAAUAAAGUGGGGAGGAAUGGCUGAUACAUGACACAUCGCAAGAGUAAAAAGCCCAAACAUGGCAGCCUCCAUCAGCGAGUAGAUGCAAUGUUUUUAACGUUGUUUUUUUUCUUUUGAGGCGGGGAGAAAAAAAUACUUUUUACAUUUAAGUAAACAGCAUGAGAUAAAGAAGAUAUGUAUUUUAAAAAAUAUAACAAAAAUACUUUGGGUUUUGUUUUGCUUUGACAAUAUAUCCUGGUUGUAUGGGAUUGACAUUGUGUUGAACAUUCCCGAAAAGACUGUUCAAAUGGGGUAAGACUGCACGGAAUAGGUUUAGGGUGAGUUUUAAUUUAGAAACACAAAGAGUGCACUUCUGCGCCCCAGCACCAUGCUCGUUUCCUCCAAGCUUUAUUGUGAAAGAGCAAAGGGAAGUCGAAUGUAUUUUACUCCCGCUUUUCGAUUGAUACGCGACACUAAUAUCUUUGCAAAGGAAUGUAGCCGCAAUAUUGCUUUAGGGGUGGAUGUCUGAUUAAAUCAAGAUGUCGGAACUGCACUUCCUCUUUUUUGACAACCAUGACACUGUAAACAGAAUGAUGACCAUCUCUGUUUUCAACUGGCUUGAAAACACAACAGCUCAAAUAUAGUAUUGCAGAUCAUACCAAAUAAGAGUGUGGACAGUUAACAGUUAAUUAAGACUCACUGUUGCAAUUUUCCUUUUGUGUGUUGUGUAAAAAUUUGAUUCUGGAAAAGCCCACUGUCCACAUAGGCUUCUGACAAAUUAAAAACAUGUUUUCGGCAUUGAAAAAACUGGUGGGAUCCGAGCCGGGCCAGCUCAGAGACAAGAACAUUCCUGCUGGCCUGCAGUCCAUGAACCAAAGUCUGCAAAGACGCUUCGCUAAAGGGGUGCAGUACAAUAUGAAAAUCGUCAUCCGCGGCGAUAGGAACACUGGAAAGAGUACUUUAUGGUAUCGACUGCAGGGCAAGAAGUUUGUGGAAGAGUACAUCCCCACCCAGGAGAUCCAAGCCACAAGUAUCCAUUGGAAUUACAAAAUGGCUCCAUAUCAAGCUACUGAUGAUGUGGUCAAGGUAGAGGUGUGGGACGUGGUCGACAAAGGCCAAAAAUAUCCUCUUCCUGAAGGUGUAGGAAAAGGCAAAAAGCGUGGAGAUAAUUUGAAACUCGAGAAUGAGCCGCAAGAGUCAGAUGAGGUAGCCCUUGAUGCAGAGUUUCUAGAUGUUUACAAGAACUGCAAUGGCGUUAUCAUGAUGUUUGACAUUACCAAGCAGUGGACAUUUAACUACAUCUUAAGGGAACUUCCCAAAGUGCCCACUCAUGUACCAGUGUGUGUGCUGGGAAACCAUAGAGACAUGGGUGAGCAUCGGGUCAUCCUGCCUGAUGACAUAAGGGAGCUGAUUGCUGGACUGAACAGACCAAUGGGAUCCUCUUACAUCCACUAUGCUGAAUCUUCUAUGAAGAAUGGCUUUGGCUUAAAAUACCUGCACAGAUUUUUUAACAUCCCCUUCCUACAACUCCAGAGAGAGACCCUUCUGAGGCAACUGGAGACAAACCAGUUGGACAUGGAUGCCACCCUAGAAGAGCUUUGUGUACAGCAGGAGACAGAAGAUCAAAAUUAUGAAAUUUUCCUGGAGAACUUAGAGUCCCGCAGUAAGGGCUAUGGCUCACCUGGUCCAGCAAACGGUCAGAGUCCUUCCUCAGGGUCCCAGUCCCCCAUUGUUCCUCCGAGUGGUGCCUCCACAGGAAGUUCCAGCCCGAGCACACCUCAACCCCCAAUUCCCUCCCAGCCACUCCCACAGUCCCCCUCUGUGUCGGCUCACUCGGCUCCAGCUCUCGCUGCAGCCGUUGGCAGAACAACCUCGCCUUCAGCUGAAUUAAAGUCUUCAGCUCAAUCCCCAGAGCACCUCCAGUCCUCUGUCACACCCGUGUCAGCCCCCCAGAAACGCAGCUUCAUGUCUCGAUGGUUUGGCUCAUCGCCUGUCCCUGAGACUUCUGUUAGUGCAUCAGAUGACCUACCUGCACCAGUGUGUCCUACUUUAGUACAAAGUGUGGAUGACUUUGUGCCAGAUGAUAGACUGGAUAAGAGUUUCCUAGAGGACAGUUUGCCCUUAAAGACAAAAGUGCCUCAAACAGUUGUGGACAGCGACAGUGAUUUUGAAGAUAGAGGAAACCCAAUGGUGUCUGGUUUCCAGGAUGAGCUUGAUCUUGAUGACACGGAGCCCAAUCUUCCACAGCCUAAAAUGCUGCCUCCCAGAAAAGAUAUCCCUUUGACCAGUGAUGAGGAGGAGCAAACGCUUCCUUCUGUGAAAAAGGACCAGGACCUGGACAGUGAACCUGAACUGAAAACCUACAUCACAAAACCAAAGGUGGCAAUUAAAGCGUCAGAUUCCAGAGACCAGUCCGCAGCUCCCAUCUUCCUUACUUUAGCUCCAGCAGGAGAACAGCCCACCCAGCAGCAAGGAAAAAAGAAAGGAGUCUCACCCAUGGCUGGGGACUCUGAUACCGACCCUGAGGCCCCCGUGGCACAACAAAUGCUUUCUUUUGUUAUGGAUGAUCCUGACUUUGAGUCUGAAGCAUCAGACACACCAAAAAUAGCAAAGAGUACAUUCCCUGCCAGGGAUGAACUUCUAUCUGACCUCUCAGACAAUGACGUGCAGUCAGCCAAGGUGCCAAAACCUGUGAAUCCCACUGUGAUCUCCUUUAAACAAAAGGAUGUUACUGACCUUUUUGGCCUGGGUAUCCAAGAAGAACCCUCAGCACCCAAAGAGAGCAGCGAGGAACAAGAAGAGAAGGAAAGAAAACACUCCUCCAAAGACAAUAAGAAAAAGAAGAAGAAAAGUAAAGAGGAGGAUGAAAAGAGUAAGAAGAAACAUAAACACUCUAAGAAAAAGGAAAAAGAUGAAGCUGUUGACGACAAAGAGAAAAAGAAGAAGAAAUCGAGGACCAAGAAAACAGAAGUGGAUGAGCUGGAAGACUUUCUCGGAGGAGGAUCAAGCCUAACGAAAAGAGAUGAUGGAGAUUAUGAAGAACUAUAAGAUGUCCCAUUUUAUGAGUAAACUGAACCUGAGAAAUAACUGUUGCAAUGACUGAGAUCACUACCUGGUUCCCUGACUUGUAUGUGCACAAAGUUGUAUCCCAAGCCAUACAAAAUGCAAUACACAAAGCUACCAACAACCCCAGGUAAAACCUGACACUCUGGAUGUGGCCCUGUUAGUUCCUUCUGGUGUGAUCGAUUUUUCCUUCACUGCACUUACGCUGUCUUUCAUUCCAUUCAGUUAGAAACGGGAAGGAGACUACAAACUGACGAUCUCUGUGGCUGUAAUCUCCUUUUUUUUUUUCUUUGAUGUGAUUGGACAUUGGUGAAUAUUUGAAACUCUUGAAGAGAUCCACCUCAAGUUAGUCUCUAUAAUUCGGAUUACCAUUCUGUCUAAAUCUUUGUGUGGUUGGACUAAUGUUUGCCAGCAUGCUAGAAGUAAUUCUCCGGUUAUCUGUCAUUAUACUGUUUUGCUUCAACAUGUAAUGGUACAUUCUUUCCCUGGUUUACAUCUUUUAAGGUAACGUGGAAUAAUAACCGAAAGCUUUUCGAGCAAAACUGUACAUCCAUUAAAACAAGCCUCUCCUUUCCA